GAUCUUCUUGUUGUAAAGAUUGAAGCUUUAUUGGUUCUUUAAGGGAAUUUAUAGUUAUGUGUUUGAGAAUUGUGUAAUUAUAGUGUUUUAGUUGAAAUAAAGGUUUCUUGUUCAGUGUUUGUACAUAAUUUCUUGUGGAAAAACUUUGAGCUUUGACUAAAACAAGAGAUGGACACAUGUUUUUAGUAUGGAGGAAGUUAAGUGUUGUUCUUUUUUCUUGAAAAAUUGAUGCUUUAUUGGUUCUUUUAAGGCAAUUUGCAAUAGUUGGUGAUAGUUAUAUUUGGUUUAUAUCAUAGUUUGGAGAAGUGUUUGAGAAUUUUACUUACUUUUUUGUGUAAUUGUAGUGUUUUGGUUGGUAAGAAGGCUUUUUGUUAAAGGAUAAGCAGGGUUGCUAGGAUGACAAACAUUCCUUUACCUCUAACCCUGAGGUUGUGAGUUCGAGUCAAAAGAGCAAAAAAAGGGUGGUAGCUGUAAGAAAAAAGUUUUCUUGUUUAGUGUUUCUUGUAAAGAUUGAAGCUUUAUUGGUUCUUUAAGGCUAUUUGCAAUAGUUGGUGGUGGUUAUGUUCUACUUGUUUCAUAAUUUAGACAAGUGUUUGAAAUUCUACUUACUUUUGUGUAAUUAUAGUGUUUUGGUUGGUAUAAAGGUUUCUUCUUUAAGAACAAGCAGGGUUGCUCGGACUAUAAGAAUUCCUAUACCUGUAACCCUGAGGUUUUGAGUUUGAAUUACAAGGAGCAAAACAAAGGGUGGGAGCUGUAAAAAAAAGUUUCUUGUUUAGUGUUUGUACUUUAAUUUCUUCUGGAAAAUCCUUCAAUUUUCACUAAAACAAGAGAUGGACACAACAAUUUCUGUGUUUGAGUUUGGAGGAAGUUAAAUUGUGCUGCCACUAUUAAUAUGAGGCCAUAAGUACUUAGAAGCUCCAUGUUCUGAAACAUUAGGUUUCGUGUGACAUACAUAGUUGAAGUCACUAAGUGAAGCUAUGAGGGGAGCUAGGCCCCCUUAACCGUUAGAUUACAUUGUAUAGAUAAGAUCAAGAUUAUUUGUAUGUGGAUAUAGUGUAUGUUGAAUCCACUUGGUUUCUUAAUGUGUCUACUUCUUUUUAAUUUGAAUUCUGUUAGUGAUAAUCCUGCCUACGCUCUGGGUACAAUGACCUGAAAUAGCUUGUGUUGACAGUUUGGGUGAUUUCUUGUUUAGUAGGUAGAUAGAAGAGAAGUUGUGUGGUCGAAUUCUCAACAAAUAUAAGCAAUUUGAUGUCUAUAAAUGUUUGGAUACAACUCUAAUGUACUGUAGGUAGAUGAACUUUUUCAAUAAUCCUUAUUAUCAUUUUAGCUAAUUAGGCCUCGUAUUGCUCUAGUCCUAAGUUUGAUAUCUGAAUCUUCCUCGUGGUUGUCUAGCUAUUUCAAUAUUUUCUCAAAGAACAAUGAGGCAACAGAUUGUUGCACACUGUUCUCGUUCAAUAUUCAGUUGCACCAGUGUUUGGUUUAUUUUUGAGGAGAAAGUGAGAAGAUUGCGUCAAGGAAAGUCCUCACAAAGCCAUGAAGGUAUGGUUGAAGCAUGAGUGAAGAAUUCGGAUUGAGUAUCUGUAAAUAACCAACUGAUUAGUUCCGUUGGUUGGAUAAAAGAUGUUAUGGGGUUGGACAAUACAACAGCAUACCUUUACUCCAGACAAACUUGUGGUCUCAGAACAUGUUAUGUUUGUAUAAGGGGCUCGUGGAGUAAAAUUUUCAAGCAUCUGCUCAUCGGUCUGCCUUAUCAGAAGUGCUGAUCAAUGGCAAUUGAAGAAUUGGCUGUCCGUACUUCUGAUAUUGUCAAUCCACAAGUAAUGGAAACAUUGUUGAUUGAAAAUCACUCAAGUGAAGCCAAGGACAUGGAAGAGAUGAGGAGUUCCAUGGAAAUAUUGAGUAGAGUAGAUUUGGACCUUGCGUAUUCUGAUGAGAAGUUGACGAAUCUUGACAAUCUCUUGAUGCGUGUCUUGGCCUGCGAAAAUGAAGUUGAAGCAAUAUCUUUCGAGAAUGAUGAGAUUUCUCCUGAAUCGAUUGAGAAAGUUCUGUCGUUGGAUCACUUAUCUAUCAUUUUGAACUCUGAGAUAAGACAACUGGACAAUUUCUUAGGCACUCUUCAAGACUUAGUCAUUGAAGCAAGGCAAAAGAUACCUACGCGCAGAGAAUUUAGUGAGCUGCAUGUGAUAAUGGAGAACAAAUUUCAUGACACUGAAGAGUUAUUGAGAAUAUCGAAGGAACGUGUCCUAGAAAUGAAGAUGCAGCUUGCCAAAUUGCAGAUGACCUCGCUAGCUUUCGACCAAAAUGAAUGGAGACAUAGGAUGAGUUUGGAUUUAUCAGAUAUUAAUAAUGUUUCAGCAAGAGAAUUGAAGCCACACGCACAGACAGUUGAGCAAAGACGUAUAUUAAGAAUGUUGGAAAAAUCUCUCGAAAGAGAGCUGGAUCUUGAGAAGAAGUUGACUUUACAUAAACAAAAUGAAGAUGAUCUAAAGUUGAAGCUCCGGUUAACCGAGCAAGUAGCUCUGUGCAUGGAAGAGGGUGCAGAGGUUAUAUGGGGUAGGUUUUUAGAGUCGGAAAAUGCAGCAGAGGUACUUAUGGGAAUUUCCAGAGAGAUGGUGAGCCGAUUACAGGUUGUUAACUUCAAUUUGAACGGUUCACUUCAACGAGAGAAAGAUUUCACAUUGAAGAUUGAUAAUUGCAUAGGACAGAUAAAUGCUAAAGAUAUUACCAUACAAAACCUUAAUAGCAACAACAAACAUCUUGCUGUUGAAAAUACUGAAGUAUCCUCGUUAAGGGACAAGCUAAAACUUUCAGAAGAUAAGUUGAAAGAAUCUGAGUCUAAGUUGCUGAAAGCAAAUGAACUGAAUGAAGUAAGCGAAGAGCGUCUUAAAGAACUGGAAUGUAUUGUAGAAUCUCAGAAAGAAGACAUCGAUAUUGCAGAACAUAAGGCUGACAAUGCAGAGGAAAAGGUUGCACAUUUGACGGAGACAAACUUGGAACUGCACGAAGAGUUGGAUUUUCUCAAGAGUAGUAAUGAAAGUAAUGCUAAAAAGGUCAGCAUUCUCGAGAAGAAGGUCAGGGAAUUAGAACUUCAGCUACAAAAUGCUAAGACAUCAUCCGAAGCAGGUCAAGAACAACAGAAUAUGUUGUAUACUGCCAUUUGGGAUAUGGAAACUUUAAUCGAUGAACUAAAACAAAAGGUCUUAAAAGCCGAAAGCAAGACUGAACAUGUCGAGGAACAGUGCCUUAUUUUGUCGGAAACUAAUUUAGAACUUACCCAAGAAGUAGAGUUUCUAAGAUCAAGAGUCGAAGGAUUGGAGACUUCUUUGAAUCAAGCUACCGUUGAGAAACUUGCUAGUGCAAAAGACAUUAACAUCAAAACCAGUUUUAUAAUGGAUUUGGUCAUGCAGCUGGCUAUCGAAAGAGAACGAGUACAAAAACAGAUUUUUUGUUUGGCCAAGGAAAACAAAUCAUUGAUCAGCAAGUUGAAGUCAACGAAGGAGCAACCGUCCAUAAAUGUACUUGAGAAUGGAGGUGAUGAUAUUGGGUUGUCAUCUUCUAGAUUUGCCUCAACAAUCGCUGCUGCUACAGACAGCUACCGUGAACUGCAAACAGAAUCCUCACAGAGAAGCUCCCAGGUGAUCAACGAGUUACCUCAUGAUAAACCGACUGAUCGAAGCAGUAAGUCCUCCAUUUUGACAAAUGAAGAGCCUAACAUAGUUGUCAAGUCAGAGGAUACCGAGGCUCAGUUUCUAGCAAAGCAACAUCAACACAGGUACAUUGUCAUGGCAAUCCUCGUCUUAUUACUUUCGACAUUAGGAUUAUAUUUUUUUGACAAAAGAAACGACAUCCUCGAGUGGUUGAUGGUUAGAUUAUAGUACUUGUGUUAGAAUUACAUUGUACAGAUUCUUUGAUUGAUUUUUGUGUUCUGAUCUCUUCAAGAUAGAUCAAUUCUUUUAAGUAAAUUGUGUUUUGGUGGUAUGCUUAUUGCAAACUCAAGUUAAGAUACAGCCAUUUGUAAAAGCACUUGUGUUUUUAGUGGAAUGAGUAUUGUUGUGGUUGUUGUA